AGUUUCCUUUAACACUGUGCGUCAGGCGCGGUGUAGUGUGUUAAAAUAAUUUCGACCGGAUAAAAAACAUAAUAAUGUUUUCAUCCCUAAUGGACGUGGCGCGGAAUUCGCCAUUCCGCGGACCGCUCUCACCGGCGCAGUGCCAGGCCAACACAAACACACUGGCGACACCACAGAUUGAACAGAGCACGAUGGCCGCAUCAGCUGUCGUGCAAGGCGACUCCUGCGAGUUCGCCUCACCUAAAUACUUCGCCCUGUGCGGUCUAGGUGGCAUCCUGUCUUGCGGUAUCACCCAUACUGCCGUCGUGCCGCUCGACUUGGUGAAAUGUCGUCUCCAAGUGGACGCAGACAAGUACAAGAAUGUAGUGAACGGCUUCAAAGUCUCCGUCCGCGAGGAGGGACUACGCGGUCUAGCCAAGGGUUGGGCACCCACUUUCAUUGGAUACUCACUCCAGGGUCUCUGCAAAUUCGGCCUGUAUGAAGUGUUCAAGGUAUUAUACUCUGGUAUGCUUGAUGAGGAGACGGCAUACGUUUACCGUACCGGCGUAUACCUCGCCGCGUCGGCUUCGGCUGAGUUCUUCGCUGACAUCGCCCUGUCACCACUUGAAGCCGCCAAAGUGCGAAUUCAGACUAUGCCUGGUUUCGCUAACACUCUACGUGAGGCGUGGCCCAAGAUGGUCCAGAAUGAAGGUUAUGGUACGUUCUACAAGGGUCUGGCACCUCUGUGGGGCAGACAGAUCCCAUACACAAUGAUGAAGUUCGCCUGCUUCGAGAAGACUGUAGAAUUGCUGUAUAAGUUCGUGGUGCCGAAACCCCGCGACCAAUGUUCCAAGGCAGAACAGCUGGUGGUCACAUUCGCCGCCGGAUACAUCGCUGGCGUGUUCUGCGCUAUCGUAUCACAUCCCGCUGACACAGUAGUAUCCAAACUUAACCAGGAUAAGACAGCAACUGUUGGUUCAAUUGUUGGCAAGCUUGGCUGGGCCGGAGUAUGGAAGGGUCUCGGUCCCAGGAUCAUCAUGAUUGGUACACUUACCGCUCUGCAAUGGUUCAUAUAUGACGCUGUCAAGGUAUGGUUGAGAAUGCCGCGACCACCGCCAGCUGAGAUGCCCGAAUCCAUGCGCAAAAGACUAGAAGCCGAAGAAGCUGCGAAGAAGAAGUGAAUUACUACCGCCUAG